GCAGCAUCAUUUCUGCGGACGCGCUUUUAAAAUAUUAUUAGAUUCUUUUCAAAGGCAAUCUGAACAGACGUUUUGUGGAACAUAUAAUUAGAGGCAAAUAUAUGUGACUGAUUUAAUUUGAGUGAUUCUUUCUGUUCUUCAGGAUGUCCACGAUGAAGGUGGUUAUUCGAUGGAUGCCCUAUUUCUUUGUACUUUGGAACACGGUAUGGUGUGUGACGCGCUAUUCUAUACCAGAGGAGAUGGAGCGCGGGUCAAUCGUUGCGAAUCUGGCCGCUGAUUUGGGACUGGAUAUUAGUGGACUAGCACAGCGAGAGGUAAAACUUGAUAUUUUCCAUAGCACCAAAUAUCUUGACGUUAAUAAAAAGACUGGCGAGCUAACUGUUGUUGAAAAGAUCGACAGGGAAUCGUUGUGUACUACAAAGACCACGACGUGCUUUCUAAAGUUAGACUUAAUAAUUGAAAGCCCACUGCGAAUAUUUAAUAUUGAAUUGGGCAUCACAGACAUCAACGACAAUGCUCCUCAUUUUCGACGAGACAAAAUUGAACUGGAUGUCUCAGAGUCCGCAUCAGCGGGGGAAAGAUUCUCUUUACCCAACGCCUUUGACCCGGACGUUGGUGCUAAUACCGUUAAGACCUAUACACUAAGUGAAAGCGAUCAUUUCAAUGUUGACAUACAUUCUGGAAGUGAUGGAACGAAAUAUGUCGAUUUGGUUCUAAUGAAGGAACUAGACAGGGAGGAAAAAGCCGUUCAUAAUCUCAUACUUACUGCCAUUGAUGGCGGAGUCCCUGCGCGCACUGGCACAGCUAGUAUUAUUGUGCGCGUUCAGGACACAAAUGACAACGCCCCUCAAUUCGAACAAGCAGUUUAUUAUCUAAACAUAAGUGAGAAUUCUCCUGCUGGAACUCUCGUUAUUAAAUUAAACGCCACGGAUGCUGAUGAGGGCUCGAACGCGGAACUUACAUAUUCAUUUACGCUUUAUACUUCCGAGAAAACGCAGGAGAUGUUUUCUUUGAAUCCAAACAGUGGCGAAAUAGCAGCUAAGGGCCCCAUUGAUUAUGAAGAUAUGAAAAUAUUUGAAAUGUUUGUUGAGGCUAAAGACAACAGCCCCAUUCCAUUAGCAGGACAAUGCAGAGUGACGGUGUAUGUCAAGGAUAUGAAUGAUCACUAUCCUGAAAUAGCAAUAAAAUCACUUAGAAAUGCCGUGGAGGAAAACAUCCCAGUUGGCUCUGUUAUUGCUCUGGUGGCUGUUAGUGACAGAGACACGGGGGAUAACGGUAAAGUGAACCUAAAAAUGAACAUGCUGUUACCGUUUUUUUUAAACAAAUCAUCGGAUUCUCUUUACGAAUUAUUAGUGUCCAAACCUUUAGAUCGUGAAAUGGUCCCAGAAUACGAGAUAACGUUGGUUGUGACUGAUAGGGGCAAUCCUCCAUUAUCUGAUAAUGAAACUAUAACGGUUCAUUUACUGGAUGUCAAUGAUAACGUGCCACGGUUUCCACAAACGUUCUACACGAUACCUGUCAUGGAGAAUAACGCACCUGGAGCUUUACUGAUUUCUUUAACGGCUAUAGACCCAGAUCUCCAUGAAAAUCAAUAUCUAGUAUAUUUUAUAAUAGAGAAGGAAAUAUUGAACACCUCUAUAUCCAUGCUGUUCUCUAUUAAUCCAGAGAACGGUAAUCUUUACGCGCUAAAGACGUUUGAUUAUGAGAUAGAGAAGGAGUUUCUUUUUCACAUCGAGGCCCGAGACUCUGGUGUUCCUCCACUCAGCAGUAACGUGACUGUUCACAUUAUUAUCAUGGAUCAGAAUGACAACACGCCCGUUGUAGUGUCUCCAUGGCGCGCGCACGGCUCUGUAGUUGAGGAAAAGAUCCCGAGAUCCACCGAUAAAGGAACUCUGAUAGCCAAAGUAAUUGCGAUAGACUCUGAUUCAGUUCACAACUCACGAAUUACGUACCAGUUUCUACAGAACACCGACGCAACAUUAUUCAGCUUGGAUCAGUACAACGGAGAGAUUCGGACCAUGAGAAUGUUCAGUUACAGAGACUCACGUCACCAGCGGCUGGUGGUGAUCGCCAAAGACAACGGAGAGCCCGCGCUCUCUGCUACAGUGACCAUCAAACUGUCCACGGUGGAGACCGCUCUUAAAACCUAUGCUGACAUGACUGAGGUGCCUUUAGAAUAUGACAUCUUCACAGAUUUAAACCUUUAUCUGGUGAUCGGACUGGGCUCGGUAUCAUUUCUGUUACUCAUCACUAUAUUGGUCACCAUCGUUCUCAAGUGUCAAAAACCAAAGCCCAGCAAAAUGGCUCCUCCCAGCAGGAACAGUGUAAUCAGUGAGAGGAACUCUACCAUCGCGGAUUCCACUCUGGUCUCCAACGAUGCAUACUGGUACAGUUUAUUUCUAGCGGAGACGAGAAAAGGGAAGCUGGUGGUGAGACAGCCUGUGCCAAAGGGCUCGAGAUACAUUGUGUCCAGUAUACCGAGAAGCACUGGACUCAGUGAGACCUGCGACUCUGCUGCAUCUACUCUACAGUACUCAAAAUGAACGAGGUCCCUUCUCACGCUGGAGGCAUCCACAACCACCAGUAGCAGUUCGACCUGAGGACCCGUAUCAGCCUUCCCGUCUGCCCACCUGCACCAUCCAACCGAGAUGAAAAUGACCCUCGAUGACUUGCAUCUUCUUCCCAGUGUUUGGAGAGUUUGGCAGUAUUGCCCUCGCUUUCAAUUCCUUUGCCCAAGAAGCUCAUGGCUGGAGGAAUAACACUUUUUUGCCUGUGGAUACAAAGAAACCAUCGUACCUGAUCGACCAGAAUUGGACUUGGAUGGGGCCUGUAAGCAUACACACACAUGGGUAAAAUAGGAGACAUCAAUAAUUACUACUAACCCAAACCCUAAAGGUGGACGUUUUUGCUUUUACAACACACAUAUAUAUCCCACAAAUACAAACAGAACAGUUCCUUACUUAAUCAAAGAAUCUGUAAAAUCAGAAUGCUUGUGUUCGCAUGAUACUGCUCAACUUCAGAUUAUUCUUAAAUUUAUUGACACUUAGAGAGAAUUGGAGUUCAGUGAAAUGAACAUUAAGUGAAAUUACCCAAGCACAAAGCGGACAAUGACAGUUUCAAGUGAGUUUGGACUUGAAAAGCAUUUUUCCCUGUAUAAAGCAGUUCUUAUGUGUGUUAGCUUGGAUCAAGUAUUAUUCAGUAUAUACUUAAUAGGUCACAGCAAUCAGCUUGUGGUGCUGUUUAAAUGCUCUGCUCUUGUCUGUAGUGUUGUAAUAACGUCUGUGGUGCUACUUGUGUCAGUAUUUCUUUUGAAUUUAAAGAAUGAUGCCCUUACACGGAGAACUGUUAUGAGCUCUUCUGUUAUGAUUUGCCUCCAUCAUCACAUUUUGACCCACUGCUUCCAUUGUUUUGUCAGCUGACAUUUAGGAAUUCAGCUUGAUGAUGUCAUAGUGUCAUGAGUGGCCAUUUUUUCAUACUCUUCUGCCUGAACGUAUUUAAUUUUUGUACAUUCAUGAGGGUGCUUCUCAUCAUUGACAUUUGUAAAAAAAAAAAGCACUCUUUUGAAUGAUGAUAACAUAAAGGACGAAAAUUGCUGUUCAGUUUAACAAACAGCCAAAGUUAUUUUUCAGCCUUCACUAAAUACUAAAGAAGCCAAACGUGUUCAAGCCUGAACCUGUCAAGGUGUGUUUGCAAAUUCUAUUCUCGAAAUGACUUUAUCUUGGUUCACUAUUUGAAAAGGCCUGAAGUUUAAUUCACAUGUCCUGUAGUGAAUCCAUCUGAAAGCUUUUACUUUCCAGGCAGAUUUAAUUCUGAUGCGUGUAAUGUGGUUUUGUUGAAGGUUUAUGGUGCUGGGUGAUUUUGCUUUUAAAGCGGGACGAUUUCAAUAGUUUUCAUCUGAUAUUAGGGAAUGUGAUAGUUAAAUUAAAAAAAGGUAUAGUAUAUACAAAAAUGUUCAAAAAGUACAUUGCAUUUAGCAGUGAAACUGUUUUUUAUUUUCUUAGUCUGGUGUUAACCAUUGUACUGAUUUGAUCUGCUGCUUCAAAUACGUUUUUUUUACAGUGGUGCAAUAAAUGGAUAUAAAUGUUUUCUUUUGUCAUGAACAUUAUGAUAUUGUUAUUUUACUACCUUUCUAAAAUGUCAUUUUUGGAAAAUAAUAAUCAUCAUCAUCACUGCUUUCUGAGGGUUUGACGACUUUCUCAGGCAGCACAGAUCAGCAAAUCGUAAGGUCGACUUCUCAUGGAGUCAAUGCAGAGACUGGCCUGUUUGUUUCCCAUGAUAGACAAUUCUUUAACUAGAUGACAAUUGUUGGUUUACUUAAAUUAGAUGUCUUUAUAUUUACAGUUGUUGAAUAUAACGUGUGACCUAAGAAUAUAACAGCUGUAAGAGCAUUGGCUAAUGUUGUCGGUUCCACAGUGUUGUGAAACACCAGUCAGGGAGAGAGAGAGAGGGAGAGAGAGAUGGAUUGCUGCUGGAGUGUUUUUUUUUUUUUACUGCAUGUGAGAGAGCAUGAGGGAGGGCCAACUGCUCACUGUUAAAAGUAGGUCACUGUCACUGCUAGGAUUCAUUUACCCAAAACCCUCAUUUUCUAAUAUCAAAAUGGACUAAAUAUAGUGAUAUGGUCUACAGCCGUUACAGUUUGCUCUAUGAACUGUCACAUGCUUUAAUUCCCUUCUGUCCAAUGAAGUGGAUUUCAUAAUUUUAAUUAGUUGUGAGUUCUGAGAAGGCGCUUUCCUCUUUUCCAUUAUUACAAUGCACAUAAUCCCUAAAUUAAUAAAUUGUACUCUCUUAAGCAGAUAAAUUGCUUUUCCACCGCUGAAUACAUCUGAUAUGCCUGUGUGAAACUUGCCAAACUCUCUGUGCUCAUCAUUACCUGCUGAUAUUUGUGCUGCAUUGUUAACAAUGGAAUAAACCUCAAGUGUGCGAUUUCUCAUUCUCCAUGUGAUGAGAUGUGAUAUGUUUUUGGUACAUGUGAGCAACAAUCAGUCUGUAGAUUGAGCACAGUGGAGUAAACACUAAAACAAUUGUUUGUUCAGUAUAUUCUUGCUUUUUAUGGAUAUAGAAGGACCAUAUCUGAGACAAAUACACUUACUUUGCAUGAUUUUCAGCUGUGUCUGUGGGUGAGCGUGAUUCUGUCUGGGUGGGUGAGGGUAAUGAUGAGGUCAUCUCUGCAUAUGAUGUGAACCAUCUCUGCAUAUGAUCUGCAUAUGAUGUGAACCAAAUACAAUCAGAUUCAUGUUAUGGUUAUUCAGUGUCGUUUCUUAUGAUCCUUUUCACUUAAACAACAUUCAACCACAUUAACCAGAGAGUAAUUCAUGCACAUGUCAUCUGUACAAUCUGGAAAAUAAUAAAGCAUUAAAUAUUGUACUGACUGGA